AUGCCGCUCGCCAACUUUGGUACCCUGGUCCUCCACCACCUCGUCUUCGUCGCCCACCUGGCCUACUUCCACAUCGCCUUUGCCCACAUGGAGCCCAGCGCCCUCGUGGUCCUCUACUGCGUCUCAAAGCUGCUCGCCCGCCGCGCCGACGACAUUGACGGACCGCCUCCGGAAUGGCCCCCUCCCUCCCCCUCGGAGGAGAACCCGCCCUUCAUCGCCGGCGCCGGCGAUGCUACCCCGGCCCCGAAUGACCGUCCCGUCGCCGUGGCGCGGCCUCCCCUUGUCCAGCGGCCGUCGUAUAUCGCCGCUGCUGCUCCGGAUGACCCCCGGACUGACCGCCGGAAUCCUACUCGCAUGCUGAACAACGCUUCUACUCCAACCUCCAACAGCUUGAAUCAUGUCAUGGCCAUCGCGGAAAAGUCGCCGGUUACGCCAAAGGUCGGCAUCCGAGACCGCAUUGCGUGUCAUAGAUGGACCUACUUCACCAUGACCAUGUCCACCGGUGGCGUUGCCAACAUCCUUCACUCACUCAAAUGGGACACACCCUGGAUCCGCGGCAUCGGUCUCUUCUUCUUCAUCCUUAACCUUAUUCUCUUCGUCACCAAUCUCAUCCUCCUGUCCAUUCGGUUCCAUAUCCGCCCCGGGAGCUUCACCCACUCCUUCACCGACCAGGUUGAAUCGCUCUUUAUCCCGGCAUCUGUAGUCUCCAUCGCAGUGAUACUCAUCAACACAUGCCAAUAUGGCAUCCCCAAUACCGGCAUAUGGCUCCUCCGCACCAUGGAGCUCAUGUUUUGGAUCUACGCCGCCCUCAGCGUCUCUGUUAGCGCGCUGCUCUACCUCAUCCUCUGGUCCACGUUAGUCUUCCCGGUCCAUACGAUGACGCCGACAUGGGUCUUUCCUGCGUAUCCUCUGCUCCUCAAUGCUCCCUUCGCAGCAAACCUCAUAGCUGCUGCACAUGCAUCUGGUCAUGCUUUGUCGACUAACACCACGGCAAUGGCUCUUGGCGCUGCUGCAAUCCAGGGAACUGGAUGCUUGAUCGCAUUCAUGAUCUCUUCUGCCUUCAUCUACCGUCUCAUGACACAGAAGCUCCCGCGGGAUACGCAAAGGCCCGGCAUUUUCAUGUCUAUUGGUCCCUAUGGUUUCACUGCUGCCGGCAUAGCCCAACUGGGAAACCAAGCAGAAUCACUUAUACCGCCGAACUUCCUGGACACUCCACACGUUGCCCCAAUCAUCAAGGUUGUCUCCGUCCUCGUCAGCCUCUGGCUCUGGGGCCUAGCCAUGUGGUUCUUCCUUGUCUGUGUCGGCGCGUUGUGGAAAUAUGUUCGUACUGGUAGUAGCAUGCCGUUCCAAAUAUCCUGGUGGUCUUUUGUCUUCCCGAACACGGCUCUCGUCACGGCCACUAGCGUCAUGGGAAACAUCUUUCAUAGUGAUGGCCUGCACAUCUUUGCAUGCGUCAUGACCAUUGCUAUUGUAAUUGUAUGGGCCGUCGUCUUUGGGAGAAUGGUGUGGUGUCUGAAGGAGAAGAGACUUCUCUGGCCCAAGAAUGAGACCUAG